AUGCUAAGUUUCUUGAAAGAUCUCUGGACUACCGCAUGCGCAGGAAAGGUUUUAUUGGCUAAUGAAUACGUCAGCUUCUCCGCAUGCUUAGGAGGCCACAAGACACUUGGAAACAAGCUCUUCAUACGAGAGUGCUACUUGGAGAUGAGGCGGGACAAGGAGUCGACACAAACAUGCGAUCCAAUGAUCCUCACAGGUACUCCAGGGAUCGGGAAGUCCUGCUUUGCAUACUUCUUACUU